UAGGAAAUAAAGAAAGUUCACAUGUUAUUCUACAUUUGCAUCCUUGUAUUGAUAUCUUUAGUAGUCUAUGAAAUAUAUUAAUACAAAAGGCCUGCAAUAAGAUUGAUACAUAAAGAAAGCGAGGAAAUAAUAUAAAUAUUAUAGAGAUGUCCAUCAAUAUUUACAUACUUUCCUACUCCUUAUUUGAAUGGAUUUCUACAUACAGUGCUUUCUACAUUUAAGCAUCCUAAUGAGAAGCAUUCAUCAAAUAAGGAGACUAUUGAGAAUACUGGAAUGUCAAUAGAUUGGAUAGAUAGAGGUCAUGGAAUAGACAAGAAUAAACCUUUAUUAUUUAUAAUGCCAGGAUUAACAGGAACUGUUGAGGAUGGUUACAUAAAUACAAUAGUAAGUGAAGCUCAUAAAUAACAUUUCCAUAAUAUUUGUGUCUAUAAUUAUAGAAUCUUAUAGAAAGGAGGAGAUUUCACAUUUAAACCAAAAUAUUAUAAUUAUGGAUUAAAUAUGAAUCCAUUUAAUUAAGAUGAUACUUAUCGUGAUUAUGAACAUUUUGAAGAUGAUGUUAUUUCAAAUAAGAGAAUAAGAGUUGAUUUACCUGCAGAUUUACAUCAUUGUCUAAGUUAUUUAAAAUAGAAAUACCACUUUAAUAAAAUAUUAGCAAUAGGUUGUUCUUAUGGAGGAGCAUAAUUAGGGAAUUAUUUAGGAAGAUUUCAUAAUAUAACAUUAAUUGAUGCAGCUGUAUUAGUUGGUGCUCCAAAUUAAAUGUUAAUUAAUUAAAAAUAUUUAUCAUAUUUCAUGGAUUUAGCAUUGACUAAGAUUUUAAAAAGGAAAUUAAAAGAAUGUAAUCCCAAGGUUGAAUGUCAUCUAAGAUAUCCUCUAGAAUGUUAGAAAGUCAUUAAUAGAGCAUAUUCAUCAACUUGGAUAAGUGAAUUUGAUGCCAAUUUUGUAAUACAGUUAUAUGGAUAUAAAAGUGUUAAAGAUUAUUAUUAACAUUUUUCAUUAGCAAAUAGAUAUCCAUUAAUAAAUGUAAGAUUAGGUUAAUUUUAAUAUUAGAUUCCAACUCUAUGUAUAUGCAGUGAAGAUGAUGAUGUGUGCCAUAUUAAAGCUUUGUCAGAGAAUCUAUUGUAAUAGAGUUCUAAAAACUUGAUAUGUAUAGCAAAAGCAGGAGGACAUAUAGGAUUUUUAGAAGGAUGGAAGACUGAAUCAAUAUGGUUUCCUAAACCAGCUAUGGAAUAUUUAAGAUUAUUUGCUGAGAUUCAUUAUAAACAUCAUUGA